AUGGGUGGCAAGGCGAAAAAGAAAAAGGCCACCAAAGAGCCGGCCGCCACCGGCGGCGCUGGCGGUGCCAGCGGUGGUGGCGCGAAGGAGGCGCCCGCUGCCGAAACCGAGGAGCCGGACGAGGACGACGGCGAAGCCAAACCGAAGAAGGGCAAGGGCAAGAAGGGGAAGGGCAAGGGCGGCAAGUCGUCCAAGUUCCAGGGCGACAUCUUCAACGAGGCGGCCAUGGAGAACGCCUACUACAUUUGCCACAACAUCCAGGAUGUGCUCAAGUCGCGCGGAUUCGCCUGGCCCGAGGGCCAGAAGAAGAAGAAGAAGGGCAAAAAGUAG